AUGUUCUGGACAUGGUCGGAGUCGACAUCGUUAUGCUGGUCACAUCGUAAGCACACCAGCUGCCCCGCAGUCAACGCACUGCUAGGCUUUCAAUUCCUUGAACUAAUCGCUUUUCAGCGAACUGUGGUGCUCGAAUGUGUGCCAUCGUUCGUUCAGCAAGAAGCGUCGCCGGCUUUGCAACCAGCAGGUAGAGUAAAGCGAACACCGCUGGCAUUGGUGAGACCAGAUCCUCAAGCGUUAUCAGUGCCUUGGCCCGGCCGUCGUAAAGACGAUGAGGCCAUCCCAACACCCACGCUUCCGGCCUCGGAUCAAAAGAUCGGAGUUGUUGCCGGAAAGAGAACGGCUCAGGACACAUCUCUCCGCGCUGCAACUCUUCGCUCUCCUCGGGCGCUCAGGAUGCGACAGCAUCAACUUCCUCACGGCAUUCGAGCAGUGAGGGGCCUGGAGGACCGCGAAUGGGACCGGCAGAAUGGAAACCGCGCGAGGACUAUAACCAAGAAUGGCGGCCUUCCGACUGCACCCUCGCAUGCAAAUGGGCCAAAGAGCGAUUUGAUAUGGGAAGCAUUACGAUACAAUGAAAACCGUGCGCCCGUCGAAGAUCGCGGACGCGAGGCUGAGAUAGCUACGCCGCCACACACCAGCCUCCGUCAAGAUGGACCUGCAGGAACGCAGACGGAGAGUGGGACUGAUGAUGCGCGCCAUAAUGAUAGUGAGGAUGAAGGGGAUGACGGGGGCGCGGAACUCAGAACGGCAUGGAUCAGUAAGGGCAACGAUCAUAGUGAAGUAGAAGACGAAACGAACAAUUCGUCUCCGGUCGAGCAUGGCCGGAAACAUGCUGCCAGUCGAGGUGCCGAUGAUGGAGACGAUCAUUCCAUGUUCCAAAACUCAGCAGGACUGUUUGGAGUAUGGUAUUUGGGCUGGAGCAGCCAGCAAUCAAUCCGAGUUCAAGUUCAGGUAUGCAUAUGGCUGCCCGCUCCCGAUCCCCUUCCCGAUCUUUCCAGCGUCAGUCACCUUCGCGUUCAAAACACCAACACCAACGUGGCUCAUCCACCACCUCUCACGACGAUCACUAGGACAGCGACGGCGGAAGUUUUGGCUGCAUCAUGCAUCGGUUUGCUGGCGAAGAUGAAUCUUGAAACCAAAUUGGAUCUGGGAAGGCCAAAGACGGACUCGCUUCCGAACCAACCAGCCAGAUCUGUCGAGGACGGUGGUGGCGGUGAUUUUGAAGGAAACUUUGCAGUGGAAGCCGAUGCCAGAGCAUUUGGAGCCUUUUUGCAGGGUACGCCUUUGGCAAUAAUCACAUCAAUCUCACACCAGAGUAUCGGACGACAACAUUCAACGGGCCGCGGUUGGGAAGGAAUCAGCGCCAUCGACAUUGAUGCUAGAUUGCUUCCAGAUGCUCAAAAGGGUCUCCAGAUGCCUUCUUCGCUUCGGUGGAGCUGGCUUGCCACGAUGGAGCUGAUCGGCCAAGUCGAACGCAAACACCUGUCUAUUGGUAGCAGCAGCAGCUUUUCGCAAGCGUGGAAGGCUGCCAAAGAGCAUGUCGCGUCUUCUGAUGAUGACACAUCAGACACUAUUCCGAUGAGACUUAGACAGCUCAGUACAAUACCACUGCUCUUGAUCGCAAAGACAUGCUAUGAAUGCUUCCGUCAGCGUGAUCGAAUGUGGAAAUGUCCUGAUCUCAAUCCCGCUCUCAGAGAAGUAGUCGACCCAUCCUGCUCCAGAAUGGCGCUUUGGUACGGUCUGGAGAGCAGGCUUCUUCUCGUCGUGGCCGUGGGACGUUGCAUUGCUCAUACGUCAUUUCAUGUUGGAAAGAAGCGUCCAUUGGUUGAGCAAUGGCGAAAUGUGCUGCUUAGAGGUGUAAUGGGAUUCUGUCUUUGUCGGUUCCCUGGAGCUGAAUCUCGUAGGAUGAUUGGGAACAAUCCAAGCCCGGGAAUUGAAUGCGCCUUUCCACGCCGUAUAAGGGCAUUGAAUUUGUUCCCAACUUACUUGUGGUGCACAAGUCAGCUACCCGCAAGGAAGGUCAAAACUCCACUUCCUCGGCGAAACCACGCUCCUCACGGCAGUCAUAUCACGCCACUAAAUCGGACUGUCACCACUUCGGCGAGCUGGUCUGUCUCAGAGCUUUCGAAUAGAACCUGCCCUCCAAUGGCGGCGCAGGCCGUUCUGAAGUACCUUCAUUUCAGAUCCAGGACACGACGAAAAGGUCUUGAUCGCAGUACUGAUAUGGACAAGGUCUCGGUGUUCUUCACCAGCACCGGUGGCGAGUCGUGGCGAAUUGCAACCCACAGAAAGAUCCAGGAAAGUAUGUGUAUGAACUAUGUUCCGGCAUCAGGCCUGAAAGUACUGCGUCCGAUGAUUGCUGUCUCCAAACUCGCCAUCGCCCAGGCUUCUAGGCCGCUUCUCAUAGACAUGUUGAAUGCUGGAACUCAUUCCGUCGUGCCACCAAUGAGAGGACGUAGUACUUGCCUUGUCCCAAACCAGCAUUCUCCUCUCCUCCAGCUCCUGGGAGGGUCGAAUCAAUGUCUUGCGCUGAUGGUCGGCUCCAGGCCAACGGCGCCAGAUUGUGACGAUGCACCAGUUUGCGACGAGACGGAGGAAGGAAGAUCAGAUGUCACCAUUGCCCACUACGAUAAGCUCAACGUCAGAUCUUUCUCCUGUACCAGCUCUGACUACUACCUCACCGCAGCGAAACCAGAUUGCGACGAAGCCCACGAGCUUCCAGCACCAGAACAGACGGCAGCCGGAAAAUUGAUGACACUUGUGCAAGCCCAGUGCUUCACUGUUGGCGACGAGCGCGCCGUAUCGACCCGAAGAGAGACUUGGGCGAUGCACACCGACACUCGUAUGCGACCUCCAUUGGCUUUCUCGCUCCUUGCUGAACGUAUUACAGGCGGUUCAAUCCAAGCCAUCUGCUGCAGCACACGUUAA